AAUUUGCAGAUGUCGCGCAAGCUGUCAUUUCCGGCAUCGCGAGAGCGUGUCAGUCAGCGACUCGUCGUUCGUCGUAGUUAGCUCUUUGUAUACUCCUGGGUUGUUGUUCUCUUCCGUAUUCUCGCUGCGUGAUCGAAGAAUCAUCGAUCAUGCAGAUCUUUGUGAAAACUCUUACCGGUAAGACCAUUACCCUCGAGGUCGAGGCAUCGGAUACGAUUGAAAAUGUAAAAGCGAAAAUUCAGGAUAAGGAAGGAAUUCCGCCAGAUCAGCAAAGAUUGAUCUUUGCUGGCAAGCAAUUGGAAGAUGGUAGAACUUUGUCCGACUACAAUAUUCAGAAAGAAUCUACCUUACACUUGGUGCUGCGCUUGCGAGGUGGUGCUAAGAAACGUAAGAAGAAGAACUACUCCACUCCCAAGAAAAUUAAGCACAAGAAGAAGAAGGUCAAGCUUGCUGUGCUCAAGUAUUAUAAGGUAGAUGAAAACGGAAAAAUCCACCGCUUGAGACGAGAAUGUCCUAUGGAACAAUGUGGCGCCGGUGUAUUCAUGGCUGCAAUGGAAGAUCGUCAUUACUGCGGCAAAUGUGGAUACACGCUUGUAUUCAAUAAACCAGAGGAGAAAUAAAUUCUCGAAAUAUAUUUCCA